AUGCAUUGUCUGUCUCCCAAGAUGGUUUGUGAGACCAAGAUUGUUGCAGAAGAUCAUGAAUCAAUCCCGGGCUCUAAAAAGGACACGAUCAUUGUUUCCUCCUCCCAAAUGUGGCCCUCUUUGGCGGGUUCUUCAUCACCCCCUCCACCUCCCCUCACCCCUCCAAAAGAGGACCCUAGGCGCGACAAUGUCUAUAUCCGCGAGUUCCACCCCUCGGAACAGGAGGUUGUGCGCCGCAUCUUUUACGAGGGGAUCAUGGAACGGAUCCCCAACACGGCCUUCAGGGGGCUGCGGCAGCAGCCCCGCACCCAGCUGCUCUACGGGCUGCUGGCCGUAAUAUGCUUUGUUGUGACCAAGUCCUUCCUGCUGACCUGCUGCUUGCCCAUCUUUCUGAUGGGCAUGAGGUACUACUUCAGUAGAAAAGUUAUCCUCCACUAUCUCGAUUGCGCCCUGCACACGGACAUGUCUGAUAUUGAGCAAUAUUACAUGAAACCACCAGGCUCCUGCUUCUGGGUGGCCGUCCUGGACGGCAACGUGGUGGGGAUCGUGGCGGCGCGAGGCAACGAGGAGGACAACACCGUGGAGCUGCGCCGCAUGUCCGUCGACUCCAACUACCGCGGCAAAGGCAUCGCCAAGGCCCUGGGCCGCAAGGUGCUGGAGUUCGCCAUGCUCAACAACUACUCCUCGGUGGUGCUGGGAACCACAGCCGUCAAGAUGGCAGCCCACAAGCUCUACGAGUCCUUGGGCUUCAAGCACAUGGGGGUGGUGGAACAUUACGCCCUGCCGGGGAUGACGCGCUCCUUGCUGGAGAGGAUGUUUUUCCAGGUCCGCUACCACCGCUACCGCCUGCAGCUGCGGGAGGAAUGA